UAAAUCUUAAAAUUUUUUUAUUGCAUUAACUAUUAUAAAUAUCAUUUACAAAUUAUAAAUAUAGAUAAUACUAUCAAUAAAUAACAUCUAAUUUCAAAAUGAAGGAAUUAUUAACUUACCAUUAAUCCCACAUACUCAUCUAUUAUACAAUCAUCACAAUUUAAAUCUAUUUAUCUUUACAGUAUACACUUAUACAAACAAGUGUUUCUAGACAAGUCACUUUAACAAUGUAAAUGUAAUAAUAAUAAUAAAUAAGCAAUAAACAAAUUCGAAUAUGACAUUUAUAAAGAUUAAACUAUUAAUUUAAACGAUAUCUCUUCGAUGAUAAGUACAAUCUAUCAACCUUAUCAUCGAAACCAAAAUUUCUUGGUUCAAGUAUGAUACUCGAGAGGAGCAUUCGAUCGUGGACAGAAGAAAGAAAAAAAAAACAUUAUCGGUCGAGGCGAGAUAAAAACGUUCGUUCAUUAGAAAAAUGAGUUCCCAUGUAUGGCUUUCACACGUUCCAGACAACGACUGGCGCGCGCACAGCGAGUAAUUGGCGGCAUCAUAGACCUGCGCCCGAUAAAUUCACGGACAGGGCGGAAAGGGGGCAGCACUAAGCCGGGUCAUUGCAUAAUACCAGCAGCGACACGACACGGAGACCUGGUAAUGAUCGAGGAACGCGUCUGAGCCUGGAACGACGGUUUGCACGAGUGCCGGGACGAAGAUCAUGCAAGGACACCCGGAUUGGCGUUCGGCCGUUGCUGUAACGUGUAGCUUCAUAAUUAUUCUCGUGGCAGUGGUAUGGACCGCGAGAAAGACUUCCUAUAAACGAAAGGAAUCCCGAACAAAUGAAACAGAGGAAUCAGAAGAAUCAGAGAACGUUGAAAAAAAUGUCAAUUGUGAGAAUGAUAACGUAAAUCACGAUAAUGUAAAUGACGAUGAGAAAGAUUGCAAUGAUGACACGAUCCCCGAACUAUCAAAUCCAAACUGGGUAAAGGUGGGCCAGAUUCAAGAAUUGUACAUGUAUCCUCUGAAAUCUGGGCGUGGAAAAACUUUGAGGGAAUGUGACUUCACCCAAUAUGGAAUUAGUUUAGAAGACAAGGGUAGAUUCACCCUUAGAGACAGAAUGUUUCUAGUGUACAACGAGGAAACUGGCCGAUUCCAGACCGGGAGGCAAUACCCAACCUUGAUCCUGAUAAGUUUAUCGGCGGUGGACGAGACCAAGGUGAAGCUGGAGGCCGUCGGGAUGCCCAGCGUGAUUUUCGAGGUUCCAAAUUCAUCUGAGAAUGCUUCUGAAGCCGUUCAAUGCACCAUGUGGUGGGGAGAGCCGGUGAAGUGUAUCGAUUGUGGCACAGAACCCGCCGAAUGGUUAUCAAGGUUUCUGACUGGAACCACUUCUGGCCUUCGAUUAGGAUGCACAAUGAUGGACAAAAGGAAUCUGUUCGUGGAACCAUGGAAAAAAUUCACCCAAGUGUAUCAAAAACUCAGGAACAAAGACACUGGAUUGUUCAGUGAUUUAACCAGUUAUAUGUUAAUGACCACGCGAUCUGUUGAAAAAUUGAACGAAAAAUUAGAAAGACCAGUUCCUACUCUACAAUUUCGUCCAAAUAUUUUGGUCUCCACGCAACAACCGUUCGAGGAGGAUAAUUGGGAAUGGAUAAAAAUUGGGGAACGCGUCGUGAUUAGAAACGUGAAACCAUGUUCACGAUGUAAAUUCGUGGGCGUGAAUCCAGAAAACGGAGUAAUGGACAAGGAGGAACCGCUAAAGACUUUGAAAUCUUUCAGAGAACAAACUGAUCCAGAACGGAUUUCUCUCGAAGGAAAAGCGCCUGUUAUGGGAAUAUACUGCGGAUUAUACAUCCCUGGAAAAGUAAAAAUCGGGGAUGAGGUUUUUAUUCAUUCGUCCAGUGAUUCAACUCGUCCAAUGGUGGAAUUGAAUCAUCGAGAAAUAACAAGCUAGAUAGAAAAAUAUUGAAAAUUAACUCGCUUUGAAUGGCCUUUCUUCAUUCGAAAGUAGAAGUUUAUAUAUAAAAAAAAAAAAAAAAAAAAAUGAAAAGAGGUCAAUGUACGUUUACAUUUACAGAGGAUAAUUAUGAGAAAUAAUAUUUUGAGAUGAGCGAAUUAAAUGAUUCUUCGGAUAUUCAUAAGACUUCGAGACAAUAUAAUAUUAUAUAUUGCGCGAUUUUUAUGAGAUUAUAUGAGUUAAUUUCAAGCUAUAUGUAAUUGUUAUGAUACGUUAUAUAGGUGUGAUUGAAAUAAGUGUGGCCAGUUUAAGUAUUUCUGGUGUUACAUAUUUUGAGACAUGCUAUACAUAUGUUGAAAUACUGUUACAUUAAAUAAAAUUUUGAUUGUUAUAAAA